AUGGUUGUUGACUUCUGGACCCCAAAGCAUGGUGGCGAAAAGUAUAUCGGUUUGCGCAUCUACUUCGUCGACUCCCACUUACGACUGCGUAUUGUGCUUCUCGGUACUCGUCAUUUCUUGCCCAUGUAUGGAGAACGCGACCAAGGGAUUCGCGGCCCUUUUGAGCGGUGGAUUUGUGGUAUUCUGUUUGACUUUGGCCUGUCCCCGAGUGACUUCUUCGGCUCCACCACUGACAGCGGCCCCGACGUUAAAUGGAUGAUGAACGAAAGGCUUGGAUUGAAGUGGGAAUGGUGCAUCCCUCACAUGGUGAACGCUGCCACCAAGAUGGCCUGCGGCUUGAUGCGAAAAUCGCACAAUCCCGAGAUGUCUGAGUUGCUAAACAAGCUAUCUCAAACGGUGUACGACACCUCCACCAACUCGACACUUGGCGACCUGCUUCCCAUGCUGAUGAUAAUGUUGGGGGAAGGCAAUGGUACCCAACUAGUAGGCUACAAGCCGCAUCGCUUCAUGGGGAUGCCAGCCACGAUGGAGCGGGUACUGGAGAAGUGGCCAGCUCUGGAGGCAUGGUACGAGGCGCGUUCAGCUCCGCAUGCACGGAAAAAGAAGCGAGCGCCACCAGGGUUCACCUUGCCGAUUGCGCAGGAUACGAAUCAAGUGCAAGUCCUGCUGUCCUUGUAUACGAUGCGCAUGACUUCUCUCACACUUGACAGCCCCAUCAGGCGCUACGACACGGUUCCGACGAACGCCGUCAAUAUUCACCCCUUUCAACUAACAUCGCUGGUGGCGAGGACAAGGAUGCUGCUACAGAAGGCGUUUUACCACAACUUCUUCCGCCGAUAUGUAAAUGCAGAUUUCAUUGCAUCCGGUUCCUACAUUUUUGAGAUGCAACUGGCGAUGCAUCCUUCGGUUAAGCACGUGGGGAGUCCGAUGGACGAAGUGAUUGCCGCCGUUGCACGUACUGAAGGGAGAAUGCGGGGUGAUCUUGUCGCUGGUCAUGUUGUCGCCGUUCGAGCUGCAAUUAUGAAGCGCUUGAAGUCGCUAAUGCGCUUAGUAGCCAACAGUCAAGACCCAGCACCCGUUGAUCCGAUUGCUGCUCCAGCUGUGCAGGCCAAUGUUUUCGAUGACGACAUUUUGGCAACCUUUGCAGUUCAACCCAUCCGAAGCACCGAACGACCUGCACAACAACGUAACAAGCACGAUACUCUCAUCGCCGGUGAGCUGAAAAGGUGGCUAGAAGAUUCGGAUGGGCUGCAGAUGAUAACAGUUCCUGAUCCAGCCAAGACGAGCGUCCGCAGACCGGAGAGUAUCCUGGAAUUUUGGCAUCGGCAGCAGCAGUCCAAGCGCUAUGUCUUGCUACCCAUGGUUGCUCGCAUCCUGUUUGCAGUCCCAUCUUCGUCUGCUUAG